AUGGGAAGUUGUAAUUUUGGUGAACCAAAGAUAGGAAAUGAAAGAUCAUCAUCAAGAAAGAGCAAGAAGAACAAUUCAGAGAAACCAAAACAACCACAAAGAGGUCUUGGUGUUGCUCAACUUGAGAAAAUUAGAUUGCAUACUCAAAUGGGUUGCAAUACUAAUUACAACCCUUAUCCAUCAACUCCAUCAAUUUCAUAUUCAUCAACUUCUUCUUAUGCUUUUACACCACAACAAACCAUUAUGAUGGGAUUGGGGGACAUUGAAAGAGCAAAUAUUAGAUAUGGAGAUUCCCAGCCACCUUCAACAGCUAGUGCUUGGCAUCCUGGUACAGUGUAUGAGCCUCAGCAGUUUGCUCAGCCAAACAUGAAUAGAUAUCUACUUAACCUACAAAUAGAGGAGUCAAUGGAGAAUCGAACCAGAAAUAAUAACUCAAUUGGAUCAAGUACUAGUCAUAUCUCUGAAUCAAACGGCGACCAUGAAUUAGAUUUGGAGCUGAGGCUUUCAAUUUAA